UCGAUGGGCGAUCAAAAAGGCUCAUGGCCUAGGCCAGUGGCCUCCAUUGCACUUGGGAGGUGCACUGGCUUACCAUCUCCCCAAGUGGGAGAGUGGACGUCAUAAUUUGUGGCAGAGGGGGUACGCGUACGCGCGGCCCCUACCCAAUUCUAGUGUCUAUUAAACGUUGGUCCAGUAAAUUGCAGGAAUGGCUGCUCAUAAUACUGCAUGCGGUAUGGAAAGAUUGGGACAAUUCGCAAGUCGAUUGCAAAAGCUAAUCUUUUCAGAGCAGUUGAUGUAGGGUUGGCCAAAGGACAACGCGAAGACAUUACUUGCGUGCAAUUCGUCAAGCAGCUCUGCUACCGUAUGAUUUGAUUUGUUCUUCAGAGAAAGCCAUGAUUCUCUUCGUUCUCGCCCUCAUUUCUUGGACCCUUCCCUCGCCAUCGCUAGCCUCCCGCAGCUUUCUAUCGAGAGGUUCUUCUCUUUCGGUGGAGGCAGACGAGGCUUUCACAUGCGGCUUCUACGAGGUCGGCUCCAACGCCUUCGCCUUCUCCAUCUGCUUCUCCGGCUCGUCGGCAAAGACCACAGUUUGGAUCGCGAACCGAGACCGCCCCGUCGAUGGCCGUGUCUCGACACUCACCCUGCGGAAGGAUGGAAGCCUGGUGGUGACGGACACCGACGACGCGGUCGCGUGGAGCACCAACACCAGCUCGACUCCAGCCGAUCGCGCAGAGCUUCUGAACUCGGGGAACCUCGCCGUGAAGGAGGACCGAGGGCACGUUCUCUGGCGGAGCUUCGACUCUCCUACCGACACUCUUCUUCCAGCGCAACCGAUCACCGAGACCACCAGCUUGGUGUCUGCUGCUGCUAGAGGAUCAGUGGCUUCAGGCUACUACAACCUUUACUUCGACAAUGAUAACGUGCUGAAGCAGAUGUAUAAUGGCCCCGAGAUCUCCAGCAUAUACUGGCCUAUUCCUGAUAACAACGUGUGGGCAAACGGUAGAACGAGCUUCAAAAGCAGCAUGUUUGGCGUCUUGGAUGCGAAGGGGGGAAUUCACUGCAAGCGACAGAUUGGUUUUGAGAGCCUCCGAUAUGGGUGGUGGGAUUCUAAGAAGAUUAACCUUGGGACUAUGAUGGAAAAUCUGAGGUUGUACUGCCUAAAUAGUUUUGACGGGAUUGUGAUCAGUGACAUGGGAAGCUCUUCCCAAGCUCUGCCAGAUACACGGCCUGUGUGGUGGGAACGCCAUCUGCCUGUCUCUGCAAUCGAUAGUAGUGUGCUCAUGUCCUCCAUGUUACAACAUGGCCGAUCCAAAGAGACGGGAGCUAAGGUUGCAAGCGACACAUAA